AUGGCUGCUUUCGACAACGACCUCAUCCCGCGGUUCUGGAUGGACCCGGCGAUUCCUCUGCUCGGACGAGACGACACCUGCAGCUACGACACCCACCAUAACUGCGACGACAUUGGAUUUAGUAAUGUCUGCUGUCCCAACGACCACUACUGCUUCGUCAACAAGAACAAGGAGGCCAAAUGUUGUUCCAUCGGCUCCAACUGCACCUCAGACUCCAACUGCAACAGCCUCUCCUACUACUGCGCCAGAACCCAGACCGUCUCUGGCACGGCCACGACCCAGGACGGCUGCUGUGCCCGCGCAUGCCCCUCGACCAGCUUCUUCCUCUGCCCCCAGGCUAAUGGCGGCAACUGCUGCCACUACGGCUCCCAAUGCGACGGGGGAGCCUGCAAGGCCAUCGUGACGGCAUCCUCCACCGGCGCCCUCCUGACGCCCAUCCAGGAAGGCUGCACCACCUCCCAGUACAGGUGCUCCGACGGCCACGGAUGCUGCGACAACAACCAGCUCUGCACCGAGGUCAGCGGAGCGGGCUACUGCGUUCCCGGGAUCCCCACGCAGACCGACAUCGAGUACAUCGGCACCGACCCCAGCGCCGACAAGCUCUCCCAGGGCGCCAUCGCCGGCAUCGCGGUCGGCGCUGUCGUCGCCGCCGCCCUCGUCAUCGGCCUCGCCACCUGGUUCUGCAUCCGCAAGAAGAAGGAGCGCCGCGCCCUCACCCGCCAGACCGCCAGCGAGGGCCAGACAGAGGACCAGACCAACGUGGGCAGCAUGGCCGAGCCCACCCCGUCCGCCAGCCGCGGGCCAGGCCUCACCCAGGACUACUUUGGCCCCCAUCCCGUCCCAGGCCCCUUCACCGAGGACGCCGUCUCGCCCGGCUCCUCGCCGCACCUGCACCGCGCCGUGCCCACCGUCCCCGACCAGCCAGGCGACAUCGCCGCCCCGGUCGAGAUCGACGGCCGGUCCACCGUCGACGACGGCCGCUCGACCACCCGCGGCAGCGUGGCGGGGGGCCCGACGGGCAUCAAGCUCGAGUCCAUCCAGGGCCGCUUCGAGCUGUACGGGUCGGACCACAUGCCCCCCGAGGGGCCGCCGUCCAUCGUGCCUACGCCCGUGGAGAUGAGGAACAGCUACUUUGAGCAGAAUCCCCCCGAAAAAUGA